ACUUGGCCACGUGGUUGUGUUGUCAUUAAAACAUAACCUUAAGUAAUUAUUUUGUAAAUUGUAUAUUUUCAGCAAGUAUUUUAACCGUUUGUGAAUAGGUAGUUUUACGUACACAGCUAUAAGGGCACCAGUGGCAUGCACAAUCCGAUGAAAGUUAAGAAUGUACUAAGCUUUCCCAUUCCCAGACAUGAAUUUUCCCUAUGAUAUAGGUGAAAGGGUCGUUGUGGAAUUAAAGAACUCGUGUUUAGUCGAAGGCGAUUAUUCAACCAGUACGGAUACCAGAGUGGAGUUGAUAAAUGUUGAUGACUGGGCAUACAGAAACCUCUUUAAGGGACCACUUUCAUUCUACUUCUCGGAGAUAGCAUCUAUAAAGGUGUUACAUCCCGAUUGGUCAGAAAAUAACGAGCAUAAACAAUGUAAACGCACAGAUUUGAUUAAUUUGCCUCUAUCGGAAUUUGUACGGCUAAGGGAUAUGAGUCGGGAGUACGUUUACCUGCCAGUAGUCGAUCAAAAAUAUGUAAAAGCCAUUGAAUACAUUCGCGGUUGUGAAUGUAUAGGUAUAGCGGCUUUUGGAUUUAACUUGUUCGAUAUGAAAGCGCUAGCGUUAUUAGUGCUAACGUCUUGGGAUCGGGUUUUUAUUUUUGACUUACUGUCAUAUCGUCGUGUGCAUUUUCCACCUGAUUUAAAGGAAAUAUUGGAAUCAGAAUUUAUAAAAAAAGUGGGACACGGUUUGCUAGAGCCCAUAGAAUUCUUUUGGCACUACUAUAAAGUUGCCAUAAAAAAUAUUUUUGAUACGCAGCUUGCAGAUUUAAAGUUGCAAAAGCACGAGAAAGACAGUGCUGUGAUGUUACGCUCGUUGCCGAACUGUUUAAAUUUGUAUUUCAAUUUCCCUGCAUCCAUUUUGAGUAACGUAGAGAACAUCGAAUUGAAACAGUUGCAAGAACGCCCAUUGCAAGAAUCUACAAAAGUGUACGUCUCUAUGCUGGCAGCAUAUCUGAUAGUCCUAUAUAACAAACAAGAAAAGCUGCUCCUAGCACAAUAUUACGAGCUUGUUGAGGAACAAACCAAAUUGAUCAAGGAGUGAAAGAUUUGUAUUUUAAUUGUAAUUUACUACGGUUGACUGAGAGGUAAAUUGAGAUUGUAGACUGAAUUUGUAUAAAUUAAGUAAUCAUAUUUUAUAAUUGUGUUUUUAAUUAAUAUGCUGAAUACAAAUAUUUUUUAAGA